AUGAUUAAACAACAGCAACCACAACAACUUAAGGCACAAAACACCCAGGUCCCUCAGACCAUUACAUACGCCAUAUAUGCAUAUAAUUCAAAGACGGCAGAACAAACGCAAAGGUUGAAAUAUGGAGAUUUGGAGAUAGUAUUGAAAAAUGAACAUUUCGAAUUCGUUUGCAAAGGUGGUGCAGUGAUAUCAAAUAUAAAAGAAAUUUUAUUUAUGAAUUCUAAAAUUAAAGGUAUAACGGAUGAUAUAACAUCAAUUCCACCAGAAGAACAGAGAUAUUACGCAUUAAAUGCAUUUCCUAAAGUUUUGAAGAUUGGAAGAUUUAAUUUAAAUGAGGAAUUCAUAGAAGGUUUCCUAAAUGACAUAAUGAAGAAGGUGGAUAAGGAAUAUGUGGAUAGUGAAUUAAUGAAGAAAGCAAAUUUGGUUUAUGUUGAUGAAAAAGAUAAUAAAAUUAAAGAAAAGGUUGAAUGGUAUCAUGAAUGGACAUUUGAGACUUUUAAAGUUAAAGCUGAUACAGAAUGGGUUUCAGGAUGUUUAGACCUUAAAGCAGAUAAAACAUAUGUUGAUGAAAAUUAUGCAAAGAAGUCGGAAGUAAAUGAUGUGAUUACAAGCAUGAAAAAUGAAAUACUUCAAACAUUAUAUCCUGUUGGUUCUAUUUAUACAUCAAUGAACUCAACAAAUCCAUCAACAGUUUUAGGUUUUGGUAUGUGGAAGCAGAUUGUAGAUAAAUUCUUAUACUGUGCUAGAUAUUCAAAGCAAACAGGAGGUUCGAAGAAAAUUAAAGAAGCAAACCUUCCACCGCACACUCAUACAGGAACGACAAACACAACAGGAAAUCAUUCACAUUCAAUAACAAAAAGAGGUUAUACAAAUCUUGCAGCGGGUUCGGAUAGAUGGGGAAUGAAUAGAUAUGAUAUCACAACUGACCCAGUAGAUUCAAGCACAGGUAUUUUCUGUGGAACCUCAGGAAAUCAUUCACACACUUUCACAACAAAUCCAACAGGCUCGGGUAAAGAUUACAUGCCACCAUUUGUGACUGUAUUCGCAUGGUACCGCGUUCAUUGA